AUGAUUUCUUGCUUUGGGUUCGUGCAGAGCCUGCCGAUGCUCAAAAGCACACCUCAUUUCGUUGCGCACCGGUGCCGGUGGCGAGGCCUACUGGGCUCGGUCUUGACGGACCUGGGCAUCGUGAACUCCCUGGGCGGUGCCACGCUGGGCUCCCUCAUCGAGCUCAUCUUCCCAGGCUUGAUGAUCAUGUGGACCUUCUCAGCGAGUCAGAGCAAGGAGACGGACGUGACGGAGGUCUUCGGCCGCUUCGAGGGGCGCCACGGCGCGCGGCUGCUCACCGGCCUGGGGGUGGCCUUGCUCUGCUUCGGCACCAGCAUCGUGCUGGCGGUGAAGGUCUUCAAGAUGGACUUGUGA